UCUCGUCCCGUCUUAGGUUUGAAUGACUGAACCAACAAGCCAAAAACGAAAACGCAACCACAACAACACCAGACUGUCAAAGAGCAGCGUCAAUCCAAAGAAGGAACAUGAAGGAGAAAUUCUUAUAGAGAUUUUUCUUCAGGUAGUGAUACUUCAGUUUACAACGACAACACCGAAAUGAGGUCAGAACACGAUGAGGAGGAGUUAUCACAGCCUGUGACUACAGUCAAUCAAGAUCAAAAUAGUGACCAAUGUCCAGAAAUGAUGGACAUCAAACGUGAAGAGAUUGAAAUUUUCGACAGUUUUACCAUCAAACAAGAAGACGACGAGAACUUCGAUAGUUUUCUCCACGGAAAUGUGACAAAUCAGUCCACGGCCGGCCGUGAAUAUGAUGCCCUUUUGAAAAAUGAAGUGGAUGAAGUAAUAUCACAAAACACAGCUUCCCUUCAACAGUCAAAUUUUCAAGAAUUAACAGAUUACAAGGAGCCUUGGCUUAUGGGUGUUGGUGAUCAAUCGCAAUCAUUUUAUGAAUCAAAUAAUUCAUCAGAGCAACAAAUAAUUGAAGCUCAAGCAAUCGACGACAUUAGCAACAUCAUUAAGAUAGAAUUUCAGCAUUCAGUUGAUGUAUCUAAUAAUCAAAUAAGUAAACCUAUUUCCAUCGAAAUUGGCAGUGCUAUCGAAAGUCCCACGAAGAAACCGAUUUGUUUCACCAGCCCUGAUUCUGAUGUAGUUCUAUACGUUACCGGAUUAAGGGAUAAACAAACGUCUAAGAGUGAUCCGCCCAUCAUGAAAUCAAUCAAAUCAGAAGAACUGAUAAUCGAUGACACCCCGGAGAAACCUGAAAUAAAAAUACCGGACGUUCCGCUGUCCCAGCCUGCUGCUUCCAGUAAGAAACGAGUGAAGAAAAAUCUUAAGUCAUCGUUUAUCAGUGAAUGGGGAUGCCACAUAUGCAACAGGAUGUUUCGCAAUAGGGGAGGAUUGAUCCAGCACAACAACAGCCACCACUCCGGAGACAAGCCGUUUGUCUGUAGAGUGUGUGGAAAGCGUUUUUUCAACGAGGACGCCUUGCUGCAGCACGAGCUAAAACACGAAAAAGCUGAUAAACCGUUCAAAUGUAACUUCUGUACGAGGCAGUAUAUCCAUUCGUACGAUCUGAGGCGGCACGUGGUUCUGCAUCACACACCAGAUGCCCCCUACAUCUGCAGGUACUGCAGUAAGGCUUUCGACAGGAAUGAUCACGUGAAAGACCACGAAAUAAGUCAUGAAAACGGGACGGUGAAAGGUCGACGAAAGAAUAAGAAAAAAUCUCAUUCUGACAAAUAAACUUAUGGAAUGCUAGUUUUAGAUUAAA